CUUGAACAAAAUGAAAUAGUUAUGUAUUGAUGAUGACCCCCCACCAACACAAGCACUGCCUAUCUGCUUUUUUGGCUAAGCAACAUCGCAACAGAGGCACUACUUGCAUUCAAUCCCAACAACCAUAUCGAACCAUGGACAGCAUCAACUUGAGACGGAAUUAACGUGGAGGGCCCUGUUGUACCCAGACACCCGUUGCCACCACUGGUGCCUGGGUCCAGAGCUCAGUGACGAAUCAAUGCUCGCUCUCUCUCUCUCUCUCUCUCUCUCUCUGUCUCUCUAUAGUGAGUGAUGAGCCAUCCUCUCUGCUUUUUAUAUUCGGUCUCUCCACUGUCUACGAAACGGUAUCGGUUGGGAUUCUUUCACCUCGCUCUAGUGUCUCUUCGCUUCCCCUUUUGGUACUCUCUAAUCUCUUCCGUGGGAGUGUAAAGAGAACCCCGUGUUCUUGUUCUUCUCUUUAGCUCACCGAAACAGAGGUUUGAGCUUUUUGUCUUUUCCUUUUCUGGGAAAGAACCUGCAAAUUUCAAGAAUUUCUGCACCUGGCAGUGAUAGUUCCCAUCAGAAAGUUACUUGAAGCCACAGGCUCUCUUGGGUCAUCACCAAUUCGUCGUCUUUCUUGAAAUCCGUCAACCAAAUUGUGCUUUGCAAGAUGGUGCAGCUACACUCCAAGUCCGAUUCUGAUGUCACGAGCCUAGACCCAUCUUCUCCAAGAUCCCCAAAGCGCCCAGUUUACUACUACCAAAGCCCUUCAGGAGAGUCCAACGAUGGGGAUAAAUCGUCCCUCAUGCAUGCUACCCCUGCAUUUAACAGCCCCAUGGAGUCUCCUUCUCAUCCCUGCCAUUCUCGGGGCUCUUCGGAGAGCCGGUUUUCAGGGCCGUUUCGAUCUUCUCAUUGGACCAAAGGGAGUAAUGGGAAGAAGAGGAAUGAGAAGGAUUGGCCUGAGUGUGAUGUGAUCCAAGAGGAAGGUGAUUAUAAGGAUGUGUUUGGGGAUAAUGGGCUUUCAAGAAGGCUUCAGGUGCUGAUGGGCGUUCUUGGAUUUGUGGUGAUUUUUGGUGUUUUUUGCUUGAUCAUUUGGGGUGCUAGCAGGCCUUACAAAGCUCAGAUCAGUGUUAAGAGCCUCACAGUGCAUAACUUCUAUGUUGGGGAAGGAUCAGAUUUGACCGGAGUCCCGACUAAGAUGGUGACAAUGAAUUGUUCAAUGAGGAUGACCGUGUAUAACGAGGCCACAUUUUUUGGCAUUCAUGUCAGCUCUGCACCUGUCAAUAUAAUGUUCUCAAAGAUUGCAGUUGCAACUGGUCAGCUUAAAAAGUAUUAUCAACCAAGAAAGAGCCAUAGGACGGUGGCCGUGGUCCUUGAGGGGGAUAAAGUUCCGCUUUAUGGAGCUGGGGCGAGUCUAACCGAUUCUAACAACAAUGGAGUAGUUCCGUUGACCUUAGUAUUUGAAGUCCGAUCGCGAGGGAACGUGGUAGGAAAGCUCGUCAGGUCGAAGCAUCGAAAGAGAAUAUCUUGCUCUCUUGUUGUGAAUCCACGUAGCAACAGAAUCAUCAAGUUUAAGGAGGAUUCAUGUACAUAUGACUGAUCAGUCUAGAUUGAUCCACAAUUCCUCAGUGAAGGGCUCUGUCCUGACGGCGAGGGAACUCGUUUUAGCUAUCAGCUUUGCUUGCUUUCAGUUAUCUGGUUUUACUUGCCCUUUUAGAGGAGAAAAAAAGAGUGUUCUUUAGAUACAUAGCUUACAAUGGAGUGAGAAAUGUACCGGAGCUUAAUUUGUAUUGUAAAGCAGAAAAAAUGCUGUACCGGCAGUGGAAUGAGUUCGGAAUAUAAACAACAUUGAAGAACUA